AUGUCUUCUUCAUCAUCAUCAUCAUCUUCGCCAUCAUCUUCAUCACCUUCCACAUCUCAGAAUGAUAGAGGCAAUGUGGCUGGUACUAGCACCGUACGACAAAGAAGGGGUAGUGAUUUUGAAGGGCCAUCAUCUUCGAGACGACGUGCCGUCAGUGAGGUCUGGCCGGAGCCUUUCAUUGAAGCACUCGCCGCCCAGAUUGCCAUUGACGCUUCUCGCAACAUUGGCCGCCUCGCCGUCGCUGCUGCACUCGCCAAUAUCUUCCAGGUGUGUUCGACGUGGCGCGCCGUUUCCCGCUCAGAACUUCUAUGGCGCCGGCUUUCUCGCCGGAUUUGGGGGCGGACUCAACUUACUCAGGACACGUGGCGUGACGAGUAUGUGUACUGGCAUCGGACGGCUAGAAACUUCCGGAUGGGGAGGUACACGCACACGAGGCUUUACUUUGACCCGUCUGACGUGGACGACCCGGACGGGUUGACCUGCCGGUGCCUGGCUCUCUCCGACACCCACCUCGCGUGCGGCUUUGCCGACGGAGCGGUCAGGCUCUUCAACCUCACCACGCGCCUCCACGUCAGCACGUACCGGCCCCACCACCGUGACCGUAUGGGGAGAUUUUCCCGGGCGGUUACGGGGAUCGUGAUCAGUGAUUCUCGGCUCGUUUUCGCCACGCUGGACGGGGACAUCCACGUGGCGGCUUUGCAUGGUCCGGCAAUCACGAGGAGGGCCCACCUGGGGGAUUGGAUGAACGACGGCGUUUUGGUGGACUUCACCGGCUGCGGGCGGUGGUGGGUGGGUCUCUACGCCGGAGUUCCGGGUCGUGCUAUUCAUAUCUGGGACGCGAGCACCGAAGAGCUUCUUUUCGUGGACGGGUCGUUGACCGACCCGGAAGCGGUGGCGGGUUGGCACAUGCUGAGGGAGUUGACCGGGUUUGUGGGCCGGGUCCGGGUCACGACCCAGGAGACCGCGGUGGCGUGCACGAGCGCGCGUGUCAUCGUGUUCGACCUGCGGAACCAAGGAGUGGUCCUGGCGGACGACGAGUACCGAAGAGGGGUCGUGGUGACAUCGGUCGACGUCAGCAACGGCCGUUACGUCGUCGUCGGGAACAGGGGCAUGGCCAGGGUGCGGCGGGCGGACACGGCGCAGGAGAUGUGCAGGUUCAUGGUGCUCGGAGCCGGGCAGAUGGGGGUGAUGGGUUGCAUGAACGGCGGGUACGCGCUGAUGUGCGGCGGCGGAGCGGUUAGGGUCUGGGAGGUGGAGAGGGGCGAGUAUCUGUACAAUUUCACGGAGCCGGUGGGGGCGGUCAGCGCUUUUGUGUGUGACGAACGACAUGUCGCAGCAUGGGGGAGUGAUACGACACUGCACCUGUGGGACUUUGGUGCAGGUGCAGCGGAGUAG